UUCGUCAUCAACAAUCGCGUUACGCGUGGUGGUCUCGUUUAGUUUUUUUAAUGGCGUAUUGGAAUCAUUUUGCUUUUGGGAUUAAUUGCUAAGGAUUUAUUGCUUUGUUUUAAUAGGUAGCUCCAUGUUUUUGUCAGGCUUCUUUGUUGCUAACUUUUAGCCGCUAGCUGACUCGCGUGACGUUUUCAGAAUGUUGUCUCUGAAGGUCGGCUACUCGGCUCUGGCUUCUUUGAGAAUUCACCGGACUAAAAUAAGCAGUCUCUCAAACGAUCAUGUUUAUUUUUCGGUUUGCGCGGCCUCUACGGAUGAGAUCCCCAUCAUCCGUGUCCCUCUGUCAGUGCGGAAUCGCAUUGAGAAUGUCAAGCAAACCAGAGGGAAGAACAAUAUCAACACGAGCAAAGCCGGCAAGCUCCUCAUCCAGAGCAGGAACCCAAGUUUGAACCAGUCUGUAGGAUACACGCACGGCAAGUUUGACGAGCCGACACUCUGCUCAAAAGGAUGGAAGCACAAAAAGUCCUUCGGGGAUUAUUUCACCGUCAACAACAUCAAAUCUGUUGCGCCUUUUGUGUCCGGAAGCGGAGAAGAGGAGGAUAUUAAAACGCCAGUGAAGACUUUCCAUACACUGCACAUCUGCAAGGAACUGGUGGAGACUUUGGAACGCUUAAACAUCAGUCAUCCCACCACUGUGCAGUUGCAGACUAUCCCCAAGGUGAUGAGGGGUCACAACGUCCUGUGUGCAGCCGAGACAGGAAGUGGAAAGACGCUGAGUUAUUUGUUGCCAAUCAUGCACAAAUUACAUCUGCAUGAGGAGAUUCAUGAGGAGGGGUCUCCGAAAAUCCACGCUCUGGUUGUGGUGCCCUCCAGGGAGCUGGCUGAGCAGGUGGCGUCUGUGUCCAGGAGCCUGUGCGCCCCACUGGGCAUGGUGACGAGGACGGUUGGAGGCGGACGUGGCGUGGGUCGCAUCAAGGCGGUCUUUAAGCAAGACGUUCCUGACAUUUUAGUAGCCACGCCCGGCGCUUUGGUCAAAGCCUUGCGGAGACGCUGCUUAGACUUGAGCCACCUGAGCUAUCUGGUAGUGGACGAAGCGGACACCAUGUUCGACCCGAGCUUCGCCAACAUGCUGGAGGAAAUUCUGCGGUACACCGAAAUCGCCAGCGCCCCGACCGAGACGCGAGGCCCCGCCCGGAAGGCCCAGCUGCUUGUUGUGGGCGCCACCUUCCCCGGCGGUGUCGGCGAGGUCCUCAGCCGAGUCACGGAUCUCGGGAGGAUGGUGGUCAUCAAGAGCAAGAUGCUCCAUUUCCUCAUGCCGCAUGUGAAGCAAACUUUCCUCAAGGUGAGAGGACAGGAGAAAGUCCUGGAGCUCAACCAUUACCUGAAACGACUCCAGCAGGAACACGGAGGAGCAGGAGGACACGCCGUUCUUGUGUUCUGCAACAAGGGCUCCACCGUCAACUGGCUUGGAUACUCACUGGAGGAGAUGGGGGUGGCCCACGCUCGUCUCCAAGGAGAGAUGCCGGCCGCGCAUCGUGCAGGCAUCUUCCACCGCUUCCAGAAAGGCAUGGACGACGUUCUCCUGUGCACUGACGUCGCCUCGCGAGGCCUGGACACAUCCCGGGUGCGCCUCGUGGUCAACUACGACUUCCCAGAGUCACACACGGAUUACAUCCACAGGGCCGGCCGGGUGGGGAGGGCCGGGGGGUGCGAAGGCGGCGAAGUCCUCAGCUUCGUCACGCAUCCGUGGGAGGUGGAGCUUGUGCAGAAGCUCGAGAUUGCAGCACGGAGGAGGACUAGUUUGCCUGGUAUGGAGUCUGAGAUACGGGAACCAAAACCUGUUAUAGUGGAAACUGAAGAAUCAGGAUGAUGGACCAUGCAUUAAUGUCCACCUGCAUCUUUUUAUAGCACUCGCUUAUUAAGUUGUACUUAUGGAAACUCCCAAAAUAAAUGCUACUUUUGCUAUGA